AUGGCCACUUUCCACAUCCCGCUAUUUCCGUUCGAGAAGUACAUCGUCGCGCAUGCUAUAUUCUGCGUAAUAGGCUUCCUCGGCUUCCUGCCACUCGGCGCGCUCCUCGCGCGGUACACGCGCACGUACACGAGCUCCUGGUUCACCGCGCACUGGAUCUGCCAGCUCGCCCUCGCCGGGCCGACCAUCAUCAUCGGGGUCGCGCUAGGGAUCCACGCCGUCAACCUCGCAGAGUCCGGCCCGAUCAACGACCCGCACAAGAAGUGGGGCAUCGCGAUCUUCGUGCUGUACCUCGCCCAGGUCGCGGGCGGCCUGACGGUGCACUUCCUCAAGCCGCGUCUGUGGGCGCUCGGGCGCGGGCGGCGCCCGGUGCAGAACUACGUGCACGCGGUGUUUGGGCUGCUCAUCAUCGCGUUCGCGAUGAUGCAGGUCCGCACGGGCUUCCGCACUGAGUGGCCGCUCCAGACGGGAAGGGGCAGCAUCGGAAACGGAGCGAACGGCUUCUGGUACUUCUGGAUUAUCUUCCUGAUCGUGCUGUACGCCGCCGGUCUCAGCCUGCUGGUUCGCCAGUUCCGGCUGGAGCGCGAAGCACGGAGGGCCGCUGCGUUGAAGGAUACUCCGGAGUUGAAGCCGAUGACGAAUGGCAAUGGCGAGACCCAACAAGCUGCGUGAGCCCGAAGGGUUUAUGCUUUAGCGGGAGGACUGCUCAGAGCAAUGUAUGAAUCUUACGAGCGGACCUUGUACCUCUAGCUGCUUGCUCCCGGCCUUCGUACUGUUGCAUCAUGCUCGCUACUACGAUC